AGUACAUGAAAGGCAUGAUCGCAUGAAAGCAGCGUUUGGCCAUUUGCAAAAGCAGCAUUCCAUCACAUUCCAUUGUGAUACUGUUCAUUUCUUGUGUUCUCGUUAAUAUUUCAGUGUUAUUUUUUGUGUAUAUACCAUGGCGGUCGAUGCAGUAAAUUAUCAAUUUGCUAUCGUAUUAUUUAAUGAUAAUACUGUAGAAAUAAUUCGCACUGACUGGGCUGAACUUGACGCGAAUGGAGAUGUGACAAGAAGCUUCUUCCCCUCAACAAAAAAUAAGAAAUUUCUUCAGGAUAUAUUGAAAAAUAAUCCCAUCCCAGAUAUAAAUUGGACAAACGAAGGUGAAAUGUGGCCUGUCAAAAAAACAUAUCGCUACUUUGAAACGUUAGAAGAGGCAGAAAAGAAUGUGGAGUAUUAUAUAAACCUAAGCGAUGUCGAGACAGACGACGAGAGAAAUCGUGAAAAAAUGAAAAAAUCAAGACAUCAACGUGCGAUUAAAAAUCCAUCUAACAGUGAUACGGACACCGAAUAUGAAGCUUCAAAAGCUGUAAAGAAAGAAAAAUUUGUGGCCUUAACUUCUUCAGAGGGAAACAAGAAAUUUAAAUUAACAUUUCAUCCCACUAUACCGGUUGAAAAAAUUGAUUUGGAUACAUCUUCGGCAUCUGCGAAGAUAGAGGAAGCCUUAACAGCUCCAAUCUCUAAUCCUGAAGAGGUAAACUCAAACUCCUUAGAUAAGAGGAACCACAAGAUUCAAAUUUAUUGCAAGAUUCAGCUGGUGACAAUGGUAUGCCGUCUAAUAAUGGAGGAAAUCAGUCAAAUGCAAAACCGCAUUCAAAUGCAGUUCUUAAUCUUGCUGACU